ACCAUAGCUUCCUAGGGUACGUUCCUCGAACACGUCCCCUUUUGCCCCUACCCGACCGACGGUCCUCGACUCUGCCCUGCCUGUGAUCCUGGCCACGCCCAUCUUCCGCUUCCUCAGCGGCCGUCCGUCGCUACCAUGCUUCGCAUACGAAGAGCCCGCCCGUUCCUCAUAGGCGCAUUCAUCAUCCUUGUGCUGCUAUACCAUGUUUCCCAGAACUCGGACUGGGAGCUCUCACAAUCCGCUUUGUACCUUCCGAAGAAAGCGCCAGCAGACUCGGCCAACAAAGACAGCCUAAAUGUUGAAUAUCAACCGCCACAACCGCCGAAACCUCUGCCUACGAGCCAUGUUGUUGGAAUUGCGCCGCAAAGGCCUACAUCGGUAGCGCAGGAGAAACAGACUACUAGCACGCAACCUGCGCCUAAGAAGGAGACGGCUAUCAGGAUUCCCCAGUUAAAGACAAGCAAUGAGGUACCUGGCGGUUUUGGCCUGCCCACUCCGGCCCCGACAGUAGGGAAGGCGCAUGACCACAGUGCCGAGGAGUCGCACGUUGCCGUGAAGCUGCCCGAUCGACCUGUGCCGGAAACGAAUGACGAUGGCUCAAAAUUACACGGUGGAAAAGACGAAGCUGAGCCUACAUCGACAAAAGAACAUUGGCAGAAGCCGAGUGAAUGGUUCCCUGUUCCCAAGGAAUCCAUCAUCAAGCUGCCCACCGGCAAGCCCAAACCUAUUCCCACGGUCCAAUUCAACUUUGGUGAAGAAUCUCCCGAGGCCAAGGAGAAGCGCCUGGCUCGUCUGAACAAAGUCCGGGCCGAGGCGCAACGCGCUUGGUCCGGCUACAAGAAGUAUGCCUGGGGCCAUGACGAGCUUACGCCCGUCACCAAGGAGUCCAAGGACCCCUUUUGCGGCUGGGCAGCCACGCUGGUCGAUUCGCUGGACACGCUCUGGAUCAUGGGUCUGAAGGAGGAGUUCGAUGAAGCCGUCGAGUAUGUCAAAGAGCUUGACUUUACUUACUCUGCGUACCGCUCCGAGAUCCCCGUGUUUGAGACGACUAUCCGUUAUCUUGGUGGUUUUCUGGGCGCAUACGACGUAUCCGGCGGUGAAAAGACAAAGACCGGGUACAAGAUCCUCUUGGAUAAGGCCGUCGAGCUCGCCGAGGUGCUCAUGAGCGUCUUCGACACCCCCAACCGCAUGCCUAUUCUGUACUAUAACUGGCACCCGGCUUUCAACGGCAACCCCAAGCGGGCGUCCACCAGCGCCGGUAUGGCCGAGCUGGGUACCCUGAGCAUGGAAUUCACCCGCCUGGCUCAGCUGACGGGCGAGAACAAGUACUAUGACGCUGUUGCCCGUAUCACGGAUGCCCUGGAGGAUCUGCAGAACCGAGAGGACGGGACUGCUCUACCCGGAAUCUUCCCAGAGCAUAUCGACGCUUCGGGCUGUAACCGCACCGCUCAGGCUGCCUCCAGCUCGGAUAAUCUCAGCGACGCCGCAAGGCAGCAGGUUGACGACGCUACAGACGUCGACGAAGAGCCGCAGGGCUACACCGCCGGAAUGACGGACCAGGACAUCCAAAAUGGCAAGGACCCUCUGAACUUCAACGGCGUCACAAAGCGAGAACUCAACCGGCGAACGCCCCCGCCCCAUUAUUCUAUCCCAAAACAACAAAUCCCUCCCUGGAAAGGAGUGAAAAACCAAGGACCCCCGCACAACGCGCAGGGAAUGCCCGCAAACUGGGACUGCGUCCCUCAAGGCCUGGUAGCAGGCGGCUGGGGCUCCGAGUCCUACAGCAUGGGCGGCAGCCAAGACUCGGCGUACGAGUACUUCCCCAAGCAGUAUUUGUUGCUAGGCGGGCUCGAGGACAAGUACCGCACCAUGCACGAAAAGGUGUCGGCCGCCGUCAAGAAGUACCUCCUCUUCCGGCCCAUGGCGCCCGGCAAUCCCGACAUUUUGUUUUCUGCCAAGGUGACCAGCCCCGACCAUACGGACCAGAAGCUCAGCUACGAGUGGGAGGUCACGCACCUGACCUGCUUUUUGGGAGGCAUGUUCGGUUUGGGAGGCAAGAUUUUCGGGAGCCCCGAGGACGUGGAGAUUGGCAGGAAGCUCGCCGACGGGUGUGCGUGGGCGUACGAGGUCAUGCCCUCGGGAAUCAUGCCCGAGUACUCCAUGGUCCUACCGUGCGCUAAGGCGGACGAUUGUCAGUGGAACAAGACGGCUUGGUAUAAUGCUAUUGAUACCGACGCUGCGUGGAGAGACGAGCAGCUGAAGCAGUGGGAGGUUAACCAUGCGGAGUGGGUGCAGGAGGUGAAGAUGCUCAAGAAGGAGUAUGCUGAGGCCGAGGCGGCGGCUAAGGUGAGGAGUGAAGAGGAAGCUAAGCGCAAGGCGGCAGAGGAGGAGGAGGAGAAGGCAAACCGUCCGGUUUUGUCGAAUAAUUCGCCUUACACCCCGGCGCCGGCGGCGGUAGUCAACACCGCACCGAAGGAUCCCCACCCCCAGGGACUAAACCCCGGUGUUCAUCAGGGCAUGCCGCAGGAAGUCGAUUACCACUUGACCAAGAGGAGGUUCCCCGAAGAUGACAAGAUCGAGGUGGCCACCAAGGUCAACAAGAUUGAAGACGAGCUCGAUCUGAACAAUAACAUCGCUGGCCAUGAGCAGCAAUACCAGCAGCAAAAGCCCAUGCUCGAACUCCACCUCCCUCCAGAGCCUGAGAAGCCGCUCAGCCAUGAGGAGUAUGUCCAGGACAGGAUCGAGAGCUUAAAUAUCCCGCCGGGAUUUGUGUCGUUGAAUGAUAAGCGGUAUAUCCUUCGCCCCGAAGCAAUCGAAUCCGUCUUCUACUACUACCGCAUCACCGGCUCCCCCGUCUGGCAAGACAAAGGCUGGCGCAUGUUCGAGUCCGUCAUCGCCGCCACGCGCACCGACGUCGCCCACAGCGCCAUCGACAACGUUGCUACUACUACCUCUUCUACCAAAAAAGAUGAAGAUGGCCGCGAAGAAAAACAAUUGCCAAAACCAGGUCAUUUCACGGAUAGCAUGGAGAGUUUCUGGCUCGCUGAAACGCUCAAGUAUUUUUACUUGUUGUUUGCCGAGCCGGACGUGGUGAGCUUGGAUGAGUGGGUGUUUAAUACUGAGGCUCAUCCUUUUAGGAGGCCCAGUUAAAGUUGGGGUUAGUUUUGAUAGCGGGGGGGCAGGAAAAGGGGGUUGGACUAAAUAUAUCUUGGAGUAACGAAGGAUUUGGAGUUGGAAAGUCGGAAAGGUUGGAAAGUGAAGUGAGCUGUUUGGGUACGGGUUGGAUAGUUACCGUACGUACUACGUGGUUGAAUUGAGCUGGGUUGGAAACAAUUAUAAGAGAGACUAUUGCCAUCACAUGUCAUUGCAAGCCCCUACUUUGCUUGGGUGAUGAUGAUGAAAACUUAACUGUGACUGUGACCAAGUUAUAUCUAGAUAUCUACACUAGCGCCUGUGGUUUGGGUCGGGG